AGUCAGCAAAAAGACGGCAGUGAGUGAGCUUAUACUGUCAGUAUAGAGCACUAGACAUAGGUCAGUGAUGGGCAUCUUUUGUGUCAAUUCUUGUUACAAGACAAUAUAGUGUUUACAAGUUGUUUAAUUUUUUGUUGUAUAAAUAUACUUCGAAUGAAUGCUAUUCUUAUUUCAUGUGGCCCUCUAUUUCAUUUUCAUUGUUUGAGUGAUUUCAUUUUUGAUAAUUGGUUAAUAUUGGACUUGUUCAAAGUGGAUUUUAAGCACACAUGUUGACAAAAAAUACUGCUUUGAAAUGGCACUUCUUACAAUACUGCUCUUCUUAUUUAGUGUUAAAGGAUACUUCUGCGUUCGUGACGUUAAAGUGAAUGUGCUGCCACCUAUAGUAAGAGUUGGAGAUAAUAUUACUAUCGGCUGCUCGUAUACCUUGGAUAAUGAAACACUUAUCAACGUAACGUACCUGCACAAUGGCAGAGAAUAUUUUAUUUACACCCCCAAGGAUAAAGUUCCUAUUUAUGUCACUGCUUUACUAAAAGUCAAAAAGCGAAUUGUAAAGAACGAUGAAAUUCUAGUACUACAAGGUGUGAACUCUGAUGCAACUGGUGUCAUCAAGUGUGUAGUCUCUUCGGAACCUGGCAUCAUGACGCAGUCGCCUUCGGUCCUGUCCGAUUCAACCUUCGUCACAGUUGUUGAAAAACCUCAGGAGAUUCCGAAUAUUAUCUUGGAAUCUCUCACAUUCCAAGUUGGAAAAAAUUUAAAAGCUAAAUGCAGUUCAAGUGGAGGCACCCCAUUGGCUAACCUCACCUGGUACGUCGAUGGCGAUGAGGUGGAAUACAACGAGAUAAGCAGAAUCAACCAGUACACAGAGAAGGGUGACCUAAACAUUUCUGUGAGCGAACUGACGCUGCCAGUAGUACCUGGAACAUACAAUGGCACCAUACAUCUGCGGUGUGAGGCUACUCAGUACACGGUGUAUAACGCUUCGACAGAAGUGCUUUUGGAGGAAGAAACCAGUUCUUCUUCUAGCCGACUACAGUUUCCUUUCACAGUCCGUGUAGGAGGUGGUGUCGUCAUGUCUGUGGCAGUGUCUGUCAUCCAUCGUUAUCUACACGAAUACUUGUCAUGAGUGAAGAGAACUACCCGCAGCCGCAACUUACGAGACCUUGUUUCUUGACCUCCUACUGAAAGCAA